AAAGCCUUUCUGUGGAGUCUAAUAGAGUCCAUGAGAGGCCAUUUUUCAAAUCUGUGCCUUUUAUCUUCUGAUAAGGUAGUUUAUUGAGAAUUCUUAGGAAUUGCUUUACAAGUAUACUUAAUUUUUCUUAAAAGAUUUAUUUAUUUUGGAGGGGAGGGUCAGAGAGAGAGUCUUAAGCAGAUUCUACAUCAAGCAUGGGACCCGAUGUGGGGCUUGAUCUCAUGACCCUGAAAUCACUUUUUGAGCCAAAACCAAGAGUCUGACACUUAACCAAGUGUGCCACCUAGUUGCCCCAAAUGUAUUUAAUUUUUAAAGAGAUCUUUAUUUUUUAUAUUCUUGCCUAUGUUAGGUCUAAAAUAGAUAUCAUGGUAUGGAUCAUAUACCAACAGGGGUGUGUAAACUGGUCUGCAGAACAAUGUAUGGGCACCUGAAAUGCCUUGAUAAAAUUACUAGCCAGCAAUGGGAGAAAUAGGAGGGAGUUUUAGGUAAGUGACUUCACUCUAAGAAACACCCACCCUCGAUUGGCCAUAAUCGGCAUCCCUAUUUUCAUGAACCCAUUUCAUUAGGAAACAGAUGAAGGCCUCCAUCUAUCUUGAAGUUGGGAAGAGAGGCUAAGAAAACCUCACUGAAGAGACCAUCAUGCAGACAUCAGAGACCGGGUCGGACACAGGUUCGACAGUGACUUUACAGACAUCUGUGGCUAGUCAAGCAGCAGUGCCUACACAGGUGGUACAGCAGGUACCAGUACAACAGCAGGUACAGCAAGUACAGACUGUGCCACAGGUACAGCAUGUCUACCCAGCUCAGGUGCAGUACGUGGAAGGAAGCGAUACUGUCUAUACCAAUGGAGCGAUCCGAACAACAACUUAUCCUUACACAGAAACACAGAUGUACAGCCAAAACACUGGAGGGAAUUACUUUGAUACUCAAGGGAGCUCUGCGCAGGUGACUACCGUGGUUUCGUCCCACAGCAUGGUGGGCACUGGUGGGAUUCAGAUGGGCGUCACGGGAGGACAACUCAUCAGCAGUUCUGGAGGAACCUAUCUCAUCGGCAAUUCAAUGGAGAACUCUGGUCACUCAGUGACACAUACCACUCGGGCCUCCCCAGCGACAAUUGAAAUGGCGAUUGAGACGCUGCAAAAGUCUGACGGUCUGUCCACUCACAGAAGCUCUCUCCUCAACAGCCAUCUCCAGUGGCUGUUGGACAAUUAUGAGACAGCAGAAGGAGUGAGCCUUCCCAGAAGCACGCUGUACAACCACUACCUACGACACUGUCAGGAACACAAACUGGAUCCAGUCAAUGCUGCUUCUUUUGGAAAACUAAUAAGGUCAAUUUUUAUGGGAUUACGAACCAGGAGAUUGGGAACUAGAGGAAACUCCAAGUAUCAUUACUAUGGGAUUCGUGUCAAGCCAGAUUCCCCUCUGAAUCGUCUGCAAGAAGACAUGCAGUAUAUGGCUAUGAGGCAACAGCCCAUGCAACAGAAACAAAGGUACAAGCCUAUGCAGAAAGUGGAUGGGGUUGCAGAUGGUUUCACAGGAAGUGGUCAGCAGACUGGCACAUCUGUUGAACAAACUGUAAUAGCCCAAAGUCAACAUCAUCAACAGUUUUUAGAUGCAUCUCGAGCACUUCCAGAGUUUGGAGAAGUUGAAAUCUCUUCUCUGCCAGAUGGUACUACCUUUGAGGAUAUCAAGUCACUGCAGAGUCUUUAUCGAGAGCACUGUGAGGCAAUAUUGGACGUUGUUGUGAAUCUUCAGUUUAGCCUGAUAGAAAAACUGUGGCAAACUUUCUGGCGCUAUUCUCCUUCUACUCCAACUGACGGCACUACCAUCACUGAAUCAAGCAAUCUGAGUGAAAUAGAAAGUCGACUUCCGAAAGCAAAGCUGAUAACUCUGUGCAAACAUGAGUCUAUCCUGAAAUGGAUGUGUAACUGUGACCAUGGGAUGUACCAGGCUUUGGUGGAGAUUCUCAUCCCCGACGUGCUUAGACCUAUUCCUAGUGCCUUGACCCAAGCCAUUCGAAAUUUUGCAAAAAGCCUUGAAGGUUGGCUUUCCAAUGCCAUGAACAAUAUCCCACAGAGAAUGAUACAAACCAAGGUUGCCGCUGUAAGUGCCUUUGCCCAGACUCUGCGAAGAUACACAUCGCUCAAUCACCUGGCCCAGGCAGCUCGUGCAGUGCUCCAGAACACUUCCCAGAUCAACCAGAUGCUCAAUGACCUCAACCGUGUUGACUUUGCCAAUGUCCAGGAGCAGGCCUCCUGGGUGUGCCAGUGUGAUGACAACAUGGUUCAGAGACUAGAAACAGACUUCAAGAUGACUCUCCAGCAGCAGAGCACCCUGGAGCAGUGGGCUGCAUGGCUCGACAAUGUGAUGAUGCAGGCGCUAAAGCCCUAUGAGGGAAGGCCCAGUUUUCCGAAAGCUGCCAGGCAAUUCCUGCUAAAGUGGUCUUUCUACAGCUCAAUGGUUAUUCGGGACUUAACCUUACGCAGUGCUGCUAGCUUUGGCUCCUUCCACCUGAUCCGUCUACUCUACGAUGAGUAUAUGUUCUACUUAGUAGAACAUCGUGUUGCUCAGGCAACAGGAGAGACACCCAUAGCAGUCAUGGGCGAGACAUACCUUGUAGAUGAAAAAAAAACUCCUAUCAUGGAACUCUUUAUAAGCAAACUUCUGAAUUUUGGUGAUUUAAAUGCUGUGUCUCCUGGAAAUCUGGAUAAAGACGAAGGCAGCGAAGUGGAAAGCGAGAUGGACGAAGAACUGGACGACUCUUCGGAACCCCAAGCCAAAAGAGAGAAGACCGAGCUGAACCAGGCGUUUCCCGUGGGCUGCAUGCAGCCGGUGCUGGAGGGCGGGGUGCAGCCCAGCCUCCUGAACCCCAUCCACAGUGAGCACAUCGUCACGAGCACCCAGACCAUCCGGCAGUGCAGCGCCACAGGAAACACGUACACCGCGGUGUAAGGAUUAUUAAAGCGUAUUUUUCCAGCUAACAUUACCCCUGUUGAUAGAUUGGGCUUAAGCUGAAAAUUUAAUAAGCCUGAAGGUCGACUGUUGUCAAAUUCUAUCUGUGCUGAACAUUACCUUUUUUGGAGUUGUGAAAUGGAAUGGGUGUAUGUAUUUUGCCAGGUCUUUCUUUUUUUCUUUUCUUUUUUUUUUUAACGUAAAGAAAAAAUCAUUUGCCUCUCAAUAAUAAGUUUUUUUUUUCUCUCUCUCUAGUUUCAGGUGUCAAGAAGGAUUUUUACCACAUUUAAUGCCAAUGUUUUUGUUUUCUUAUAAUUAAAAAGUAAUUUACAUUCUUUGUAGCUUAAAAUAUUUUAUUGUUGAUUGUUAGUCUUGGUGUAUGAUUUCAUGUGUAAGUUUUUAAUUAGAUGCACUUCUGUGAAAUAUCAAAAGAAAUGAAUUUCUUUGAUUUACACUGGAGGCAUGCCCAUUUGGCAGCAGAUGCAUCAAAUUUGCUUUUGAAAGGUGCUUUUCAUUGGACAGAACCACAAGACGCGAUUUUGAUAACACUUUGGUACGGAGAGAGAAUACAGAGCAUUUUUAUUAUAGUGCUAGAGGGUUGGGAAGGUCAUCUAUUUUUCUCUGGGGAAAAAUUGAGCUGUGCAUUUAUCAGUUCAGGGUAAAUGACAGAACUGCAAGAGAUUAUGCUAAUAUGCACAUAAUUUGUGUACAUAAUUAUUAAACCAUAUUAAUGCAAGCUUCCGUUAAACAUUGAAUUUUAACCGUUAUUUGCAUACCAAUUCCUCUGUUUAAAGACUACUGAUUCUGUAUUUGGGACCACUGCACAGAUGCAUUCUGCUGUUGAGUGGGGCUGUUAUAGUUAGAUACUGAAGCUGAAAAAAAAAUGACUUGACUUUUUUUGUUUUGUUUUUUUUUUUUUUUAAGUGUACAUGCUACUUAUGCUGAGCUGGACAUACAGGAAACCAUUCCAUUUGGAUGACUUUCUUUUAUUCCAGGUCUUUUUCCUAAUAGUAGUUCAAUAUGCUGCUAUUAUAGAAGAAAAUUUAUAGAAUGCAAGGAAUGUAGCAACCUGCAUAUCGUUAUUUCCUUCAAAAAUAUUUCCUGGUUUCUAAAGUAUGUGGAUUUAAAUUUUAAACAGAACCUGAAGGCAGUGUAACUGGCACACCACACUGUUGCUUAUCCCCAAUUCUGUAGGAUUUGGAUAGGUGGCUGGAUGGACCAGUGCCAUUGAAGAAUGUACAUCAGGGAUCAUCGUACCUCGGCUAUUACAUGGUGCCUUAAAACAGAACUGAAGCAACGGUUUAGUAAGGCUUAUUUUGUUCAUGUGAAUUCCUCUUCAAUCCAUUUGACAAGGUGUGCCUGUCACUUUCAGAUUCCCGAAGUAAGGACAGGUUACAUGUUCUUCAAAGGAAAUUUAGGGCAAAACAAAAAGACAGAAAUCAAUUUCCCCUCUCCGAGUGACCACGAAUGGACUUUUUGAUUCCUAGAGCUGAAUAUUACUUGAUUACAGAUCACAUUGCUUAAGGGUGUGGAAUAGCAGACUAGUUUUAAUUACCAACUUGUCACAUAAAAUCAUAUGUUUUAGGCCAUUCUUAUCUAGUUAUUUAAGAAAGUUAACAAAAUAAGCAGGUACUUAUUGAAGUGCAUCUUUUCAGUCUAAAUGUUUUUUUGCCGUCUGUGUCCUGGUUGUCUGUGUGUUCACGGUGCACUCAAGUGCCCAUGGGCAGGAGUCAGCUCAAAGUCGGGGGAGGUCCUAGACAGGAUGUACCCAUCCCCAUCUUAAUUUGCAUGAAAAGCCAAGGUUCUUUUAAGCACUCAAGUUAUUAACAGCAACAACAACAAAAAACAGGCACAUCCAUUCAUUUAAGUAGUUUUUAAAAAGCUGAUCAGCAAAAAUUAAUACAUAAAUAUGUAAAGCCAAAAAAAGGGAAAGCACAAAAUGAUUUACAGAUGAUUAAUGAGGCCUAUAUUGAACUCAAGAUGUUUAUCUUAACAGUUUUACUGGGGUGGGGUUGGGGGUUGGAAAGAAGAGGGUGAGCCAAUCUGUAAAAAAAAAACAAAAAAACAACAACAAAAAAAAAACGAAUGGCUUAUCGGGUGACUGUGCAGUAUAUUUCUACUGUUGUUGCUUGAUUGCCUUGGGCUGUUCGCAUAACUUAAGAUCAACAGAGUUUCUUAAGUAAACUUUAAAUGUUUUAGAUGUAAUUUUUUAAAUGGAUUCAAAUUUUCUAUGACUCAACUCACUCCUAUUUGGAAGUAUUCACUGGCAUUCUCUCAUCACCUCAUCCAAAUAUCAUUUACAUGACCAUCCCUGUUUUUUGUUCACCCAAAAGGCGAUGAAUUUGCACCAUCACGCACACAAAAAGGCAAACAAACAGAACACCUUCCCUGCAAAGACCACCUAUCUAUUUCAGUGUGCAUUAGGGAACAUUUGCAGGUAAAAUUAAACUCACAAAACAAAAAAGACACUCUUCAUCUCAACUCUCCUUUCCAAAAAGCUCUUUCACUUUCCUAUCCUUGUCCACCAGCCCCAGAACUCUACUCAUCUGUAUCAGACCAAAUGUACUUGCUGGUUUCACCUUGUUUAUUGAUGAUUUUUAAAUGUAUUGAUUAUCAUUGUUUAAUGUUGGAUAUAUGUGUAUCAUUAGAGGAAUCUGAUAAUAACAGGCAAAUUUAGAUGGAUGAAAGGUAGGGAUUGGGGACCCUCCAGGAUUCAACAUUUCUUCCAGUUGUUCAUGGUAUAUUCUCCAUUAGGACAGUUAAGGAGUUAAUAAAUAUUACUACAUUUCCACUUGACUCACUAAGAACUUCCUGAUCUCCUUUAUGAACACAGGAGCAUCCAUCUGUGACUAGGGCAGAUAGUUGACCAACAGACAAAAGAGCAUCUACAAGCUGGGCUACUUCUGGUGAUCUGUAGUCCACAGUAAGACAAUACACCUCUAUAAUCAGACACAGACGUCUCAACCAAUCUCGAAUUUGAAUUGUGAGAGAGAGGAGAAAAUUCAAACCUCCUAAUUUGUACAUUUGAGGAAAUUGGAACAAUCCCCUUCAUUUCGUUUAUUUAAUAGUUUGAUUUUUCAUUUGUUUCAUUCAUUGAAACUGUGACUUUUCUAAAUAAUAUGGACACUAAUACUCUCAGAGUAGAUUUAUUGACAAGUGACAAGUGCACAUGUUAAGGACUUCUUAAUAUUUCUUGACAUUGUAAUCAAACCCACUAGUCAUGAAAAAUCUCUACAUAGACCAAGUGCUACACUUUCAGCGAGGAAGAUUUAAGGAAGGCAUGUUGGCUAUCGUUAAGUUUCGGAAAAGAUCCUUCCGUACAAUAGGAUUGAGUAUCUUGGGUAUGGUUUGAGCUUCACAUACAUACAUUGAGAAUCAUACCCGGAAGAUUUGCAUCCAUGAAGCCAGUGAACAAUGGGGUGAAAUGGGGGAACCACCUCCUUGGAACACAGGGCCCAAUUUUGAAAUUUUUCUUUGGAUAUCAAGCGGCUGGUCACUUUUUCAGGAUUCUCAUCCAAACUGUGUUUGGACUGACUAUUUAAGUCUUACUGCCUUUUCAGAAAUCUGCUUUCCUUUUUGUGCUUUUUCUUGUACUGUAUAGCACGGUUCAUGCACCUCUCUUUAGAUGGUGUACUUUAAAAAAAAAAAAAGUAAAUUUUAGAAAAUGGUUUUAACACUGCAUACCUAAAAUUAGUAGUGUGCAACAUUGACUGCCUUUGAUUUGUAGUAGACGAGUAAACAAUGAACACGUCCUUGUGGAAUAUGCUAUCAAAGACGUUCAGGACUGACGACUCUUUCAUUACUGAAAUCAUGAACCUUUUUGCGUGAAUGCACUCUCCAGAAGUGCUAAGCGUGAUGCAUUUUCAAAUUUAAAAAAAUUCUUCAGAUGAUAUAUUUGAAAUGUCUAAAAUGAUGCUGUGCUUGAAACAUUAGUGGAAAAGAAAAAAAAAAUGUGUGUCACUGUGAUGUCAGUCCUCCCUGUGUGGACACAAGUAGAAAGUAAAAGAACUCUGGCAAGUCACCUUUCUGGACAAUUUGAGGCAGUGGUUAUAGGCAACAAAUUGACCUUUGUUAGAACCCUUCCCUCCCCCAAAUUCUCGGUGAGGAAACCACAACUAUCAAAAAAUUGAAAAUCAGAACUUAACAAUUUCUGUGAAUCACCCUGGAACAUGGGGGAGAGGGGGUUGUCAUGCAGUGCUAUGAAAAUUGGGCUUGUCACUAGAUCAGUUCAACCUCCAUGUAUAGGGUUAGAACAAAUCAAUGAAUGGAAUCCUAGUAUUUCUGCAAGUCUGGUGAUUAAAAAAAAAAACUGGAAUAGAAGCAUUAAUUCAGUGCUUGGUUCUAGUAUUAGAAAACCCCUUUGAUGUAAUGCCUUGUAUUAACCCUUUGAGCAUUGUAAGAUAUACAAUGGGGGACAAAAGCCUUUCAGAUCAUUUAUUUAGACUUAGACCGGUAAAAUAUACUCUAUAUCCAAAUGUCUAAUUAUUGCUGUUUUUUUAAGGGGGGGGUAGGAAGAGAAAGUGUUUCCAUGCUGAACACUUGCAUUUUAUAUACAACUCUUAAUUUUCUUCUUCAAGAGGGCUUGAUAUAUUUAUUCCCAAAUAUUCACUGCCAUCUAAGUAAGUGUACUGUUUACAGAAAAAAAAAAUCGACUUUUCUAGCAUCACAUCAUGACUCUAGAAAAGGAGGACAGAUACAUAGGGCCUUUAGACCUAUGUCAUAACUGACCUCUGCACAUUGAAAGUACCUAGAUUGCCUUUAAAAGGUAUGAUAAAGAAAGGGUUACAUUUCUUUUUUUUUUUUUUUCCCCAAAACAAAACAAAAGAUCUCAUUUAUUUAGCUUUAGAAAGUACAAUUGUAAGUGAAGCCUUAGGAAGAAAUGAGUUCUAGUGGAUAAAGAAAAGCUGAACUCUUUGGGGGCAGGUAAGCUAUUUGGAGUUAGAUCUCUCAUAAAAUAUUGUUUGGGAAUUUCAUACAGGGCAUAAUUUUACCUAUGCUCCAAAACUUUUAACACUUUGUCAAAAAAAAAAAAAAAAAAACAAUUAGACGUAGGUAAAAUGGAGAGCAAAGCACUUGAUUUUCAGCUCAUCUGUCAGGAGAUGCCAUGACGACUGCUUCUGAUAUGUGUAAAUGCCAGUCCGCUUACACAGUUGCCGACUUUUGUUCAAGGGACGCUCUGCGUGCACUCGUCCCCCUUUGUCCUCUGCGUGACGGAACAUGAGAGAAGUGUCGUCUGCAGAUGUGCUUGCGCGGCUCUAGCCGGGCGCACCCAAGAGCGUAACCUAUUCCGAUGUCUGGUGAAGGGACAUCCAUAGCAUAGUGCAAGUUUGCCGUAAACAUUGCUUUUUUAGGCAGCGUAGGAAGUCAAACCAUGCAAAUUACUCAUGUGUUAACAUGCAAUACUCAAAGGGUUUUAAUUUAACUCUCUUCUUUUGAAUUCUUCAUGAUGAUUUACUGUAAAUGCUUCUCAGUUUGCAUGCUCUGAUCAUUGCUGCUAGUGAUUUUAUGUGCCAGUAGACCUGAGUUUAGUUUACCAAUUUUACUUAAAUAGUAAAAGCCACUUACAAAGUGACUGCCUAGGAUUUUUUUUUUCCUUUUGUUUGAAGUAAUUGGUAAUAUGUCUUAUUUUCAAAAAAUGUGUUUCGUCUCUUAUUUGGUUCUGGUAUUUUAUUCUUUAUUUCCCCCCCCCCUUCCUUUGUUUUUUAAAUAAAUUAUGAUGUUGGGAUUGGAAGCCCUGAGUAAUGAAAUCUUUUGGUAAGAAUUGUUAUGUAGCUCGAUAAUGAGGACAACAAAUCUCUGUUAGAAGAAUUCUGAUUCUGGGGAGGAAGGAAAAAAUUAAAACUCCCUACUGACUGUUGAUAACCGAGUACAUUUUUCCUUCAAUGAAUUAAUAGUUUUGAAUGAAUGAUUGCCUUGUUUUAACCUGCUAAACACAAUUUUAAAUGACCCAAUAAAGGAGGUAUUGAAUUUUAUUCGUUUAAAAAGCAUCUUUUGUACCAAAGCAAAUUUUUUUCUCUACUCAUCUCCAUCAUCAAUUGGGACCUAUGGUGGUGACCAAUGCAUUGGUUACAGAAACUUUAAGUGAGUGCCUUGAGAAAACUUGGAAAUUUGUGCCUGGGGUGGUAAACUUUUAAUUAGGUUAAUUGUAGUGCUUACCAAUCAGUAAUUCCACUAUCACUCAGGGCUUUCGUACCUUCUAGGUAAAACUUCUUUCAUUGUGUUUUUUUAAAAUACUGUAUUUUUUUUUAAGUGCCAUCAUUUAAAUUUCACUUAGUAAGUGGCAGAUUACAUUAUUCAGUCCCACAAGCACAGAAACAUAGUAACACUAGGAGAUAUUUGAACAUUUAUUUUACAAUCGACUGAAUAUAUUAUGUAAAUGAGGUAAGCAACUUUUGUAGAGAUUGUAUGUGUGAGAUAAUGUAAUGUUCUUUUCCAGUUUUUGGACUACAGUUGAAUAAACUUUUUAAUUAUUUAAAAACAUCUUUACCGAAUAACAUGUGAUGGUUUUUUGUAUAAUGUAUUUGAUUUUGUAAAUACGUAUUUCCUGAUGUGAUUUUUGUGAGAAAUGCUAAAUCUUUUAGUAUAUCAUGUCCUCUCAAAAUUGGCAGGAGCUAAAUAAUAGUUUGUGGGCGAUUUGUAUUGUGUACUGUACAAUAACUGGGGAACUUUUAUAAUUAUAAAAAUAUAUAUUAACUUUUAGUGUGUUGUUUAAACAAAUGACUGGAACAUACUAAAGAUAUUAGUAGGAUUUUUCUGAAUAUUUCAGACUUGAACUCAGGCUAGCUUUCUUGUGUUUUUCAAAACAAAAUGGUGUCUUGUCUUUUAAAAUCAAUAAAUUUGUUUCCUUG